AUGCCACUUUCCCACAACCAUCUCGAAUUCGGUCUUGGGCCCGAGCCAUGGGAUGCCGCCACGCCAUUUGACCAGCCGUGCGAUUACUCUCCAGAUGAACACCAGCUCAGGACUUGGCUCCACUUGGAUAAGCUAUGUUUUGGUAUUGUCUGUCUUCUCAUCACGAGCUACCGGCCGGACGGCAGAUGGGCCCACAAAAACACGGCGUCAUUUGACAUUGGGUCCGGUAACCCCCGAUUCAAGGGAAGACGAACAGGAGCCAAAUUGAACAAAGAACUCAGGACCGCCCAGAGCGACCGGGUCUCACAGUCCGCCCAGUUUUACGCACUUCUCGCGCGUGGCUGGAAUGUGUCUUCUCGAAAAUACAACGGUCAGUCUUGCCAUGAUCUUCUCAAGGACCGUCGCCAGUCUCUAGCUCGUUCAAGAAAUAUCUUCAUCGAGAGUGACUCAAAGAUUUCCGAGGAUGAGUUUUCCACACUCAGCCAUCGCCUACAGAUUCCAUUCACACCUCUUAAGGACCGUCUGUCGUCUCAGCUCCAGGGACCUCCGAUGAAUACGUCGCAAUUCGACUCUCAGGCACAUCCAAUGAGUCUCCAUAAUCUUCAUCCCCAGACUGAUCCCCGCUACGUGGUCCCGCCUGACUACACUAUACCCAACGUAUCACCUGGGCAUCCUCAAGAUUAUUACCAAAGCCAGGGACCUAAGCCAAUCUUCCAACCUCAUGGGCCAAAUUUUCGCACAGAGUCAGCCCAAGAACCUCUACUAUUUGAAAGGCCACCCCCAGAUCAAUAUGCAAGUAACAUAUACGAGGACGCAGUAUAUUUUGAUCAAAGGGAGAACGACUUCCUGGACGAUGACAGUGGCACCAGAUCUACCAUAUGCGACUUCCAAUACACCAACGACUGGGCCCAGAAUAGACUGAGAAACCCGCCGGAGCGGUCUGGUCAGAGUUCUCGAGACUACCCAAGGAAAUCGAGGGGCUUUGAGCACGAUGACCCUCGAGAUCGCGCCAUGAGCAGCGAGAAGGGACCUCUUUGGAGUUACCGAGACAUCAGCCGGACAGGGUUGGACACAGCAGAAGGAUGGCGGCAGCAGGCGAGUUUUGGCGCGCCUCAAACUAGGGAAGAAAGGCAUUCCGAACAAAAGCAGGAAGAGAAAGGCGUUUUCAAGGAGAGAUGGGGAGAAUUUCCCAAGAACAAUGCAGAGGCCCUCGAGGGUCACGCCUUUCGGAAUGGGCCUCCUCUGUUACUAGGCCGACGGCUCCCAGGCGACGCGGUUCAGGGUCAAGCCGCUCGACUUCACCCGAUGAAGCCAUUAAUAAUUAUCAGCGGGAGCCUGUCGCUUAGAAGAAAAGCAGCGUUUGCCAGAGCUUCCGCCAUGACAGAGGGAAGCCUUGAGUCAUGUUCAAGAGCAAUUCGAGGGCUGUCCAAAGACGAAUUAUACCUCCUAGAAGUCUACGAAUUCGCGGCGAGUGCAAGCUCUUUCGAUGCUGACAGUACUAUCGGGCUGCCUUGGUCAUUGGCUGCUGAGCCUGUCUCGACAAGUAUGGAGAUAGUUAUCCGUGGCGAAGGCUUGGCCCUCGAAUCCACGACUACCUCUCGGAUGUCGAGCAUCACUCUGAGAACAACUAUGAAAAUUUCCGUCUACAUCGGGAUUUAUCUUGAGCUGGUUCAAGAGCCACCGUCCGUAGCGUAUCUCAGGGUGUUGGUAUACACGUAG